AUGUGCCUGUACUGCUGGGACACCGAGCCUUCCCAAGUCAGCCCUGAAAUGCCGAGACACCCUCAUCCUUCGUCAGUGACAGAGAAGCAGCUUGCAGAGAAGCGUAUUCAUGAUAUGCAAAACCUAAGGAAAGAGAAGAGGAAAUUAAGUAAACGGUUUUCAAACCCUGCUCCUAUUCCAGACCGAGGACUCCUAUGGUCAACUUGAUAAAGCAGGAGUCCAUAUGAAAGAAACCAUGUUCCAGACCAAAAUAUGUGGAUUUCUAACAUCAACUGGCAUAUCAUGAUUUGACUUCAUCUGAAAGAUAAAUGCAAUACUCUGACAUUUCAGCAAA